CAACAAAAGAAGAAUGUCUCAGAAUUCAACACACAUUAUCAUAAACUAAGUGUACAUCCUUCACUGCUGACCAUCUCUUGACCUGGCUCCACCCCAGAGGGACACAGUUCAGCCCCAACCAAUGACUUCAAAGCACCAUGGAGAACAAGGGGCCUAAACUUCAGCAGUGAAGAAUAAAAGGCCACACCUUCCAGCAGCAGCACAUACCUGCUUCUGACACAGCUGUGAUCACCAGCAGCUCCAACACCUGACACCAUGGUGCAUUUCAAUGCUGAGGAGAAGGCCUCUGUCACUAGCCUAUGGGGCAAGGUGAUUGUGGAGGAAGCUGGAGGCGAAGCCUUGGGCAGGCUCCUGGUUGUCUACCCCUGGACCCAGAGGUUCUUUGACAACUUUGGCAACCUGUCUUCUGCCUCUGCCAUCAUGGGCAACCCCAAAGUCAAGGCCCAUGGCAAGAAGGUGCUGACUUCCUUUGGAGAUGCUAUUAAGAAUAUGGACAACCUCAAGGGCGCCUUUGCUAAGCUGAGUGAGCUGCACUGUGACAGGCUGCACGUGGAUCCUGAGAACUUCAAGCUCCUGGGUAACGUUCUGGUGAUUAUUCUGGCUAUGCAUUUUGGCAAGGAAUUCACCCCUGACAUGCAGGCUGCCUGGCAGAAGCUGGUGGCUGGUGUUGCCAAUGCUCUGGCCCACAAGUACCACUGAGUCCUCUUUCCAGUUUGCCAGUACCUCCGUGUGUCCCCAGUACCCUCCUUCUGUACGUGAGGACUGGGCUCAGCCUUGUGAACACAGUUUCUGUUUAAUAAAGUGCAUUCUAUUCAGAGAUC